AUGAGACAUUUGAGAAUUUAAAUUUUGCUAUUGAUUUCACUACAAAUUGCUUAAUAUUUUGCUAAUCCUUGUAUUGAUUUUUAUCUCUACAAGCAAAACAUUGAAAGAUAAAAUGGCUUCAAAGAGUCUUAGUCAGAUUAUAUCAGAAACAGCAGAGCUAAAACUAGAGAUGAAAUCCCUUAAAAAGAUGGAACUUUAAUUAUUCCUUUCCUUUCGAAAUCAUAAAUUUUAAAACUCAGGUCAGUUGAUCUUAGCAAUCAAGAUGUUGAUGAAGAAUUUUAUGAUAGAGGGAAUUAAGGUGUGACUGAUUAUGAUUAUGUUGUGCCAGUAUGUUUUAAUAACCAGACUUUUGUUUUAAAACUUGAUUUUUCAACAACUUUGAUUUAUGUAGCGGGAGUUGAUCUUGAGCAGGAGAGUAUAAGAAAAUAUAUGGCAACUUACUCUUUAACUCAUGACAAAGGUCGCAAAUAUCUUAAUCUUCAAGAUGCGCUUUUAGCAUUUAGUAUGUUUGAAUAUCAUUAAUUAUCAUCUUAUAGCGAUCAAAAAUUAAACUACUCAUUCUAAGGAGACUACAUUUUAGAAAAUGUAGAGGUAGUCUACACAUAAGCUAGUCAAAAUUUAAACUCUUAGAAAUCAUAAAAAAAUGAUGAUAAGCAUAUUGUUGGUCUUGUUAAAAUUCAAAAUCACCCCUAUAUCAAUAAAAAUAUCAAUGGACUCUUUGGACUAGGCUCUUAACAUUUAGAUAAUUCCUAUCAAGAAUCAUUCCUCAACAAAAUAAAACUAGGGCUGAACGGUAGAGUAUUUUCAAUAUGCUUGAAUGGUCCUCAAGAAAGUGGAGGAUAUUUAAUCAUUGGAGGCUAUGACAUGUAAAUAAUGGAUAUAGAACAUAAAAUUACAUGGAUAAGAUUUUCAAAAGUCAAUUAAUACAUGAGCUUUGCAAACUCUAUUAGAUUUGGAGACAAAGUUAUUCAAUCAAAGUAAAUAUCUUACUAUUAACUAUUUAGAGCGAACAUAAUAUUUGAGACUAAAACACCAUACAUUUUGGUUUCCGAGAACUUUUUGAAUAAUUUUCAGAGAGAGUUUAUAGAUAAAGUAUGUGAAAGGACCAAAUUUAAACAGAUUAAGGAAUUCUGCAAUAUAGACAGUCACAUUUUGAGAGGACAUCGACUGAACCUUUCAUCAUCAGAUUUUGAUUUAAUUGAAAAUCUACCUCAGUUAUCAUUAGACUUUAAUCGAGAUGGAGUUCAUUUUUACGUGAAUAAUUAUAUCACUCGAUGCAUUAAUAUUGAUCCUAGGAGUAAAUCUAACGAGUUUUGCUCUCUUAUUAGAAUCUAAAACUUAUAUGAUCCUAAUGAAAUAGAGAUGAUAACUAUUGGGUCUUAGGUGAUAAGAAAUUAUUACACUAUCAUAGAUAACUAAUUAUCGAGAAUAGGUUUCUCUAACAAGCGCAAUCAGUUUUGUUCUCCAGAAAAGUCAGAUUUUAUCAUUCCAAUUAAUGAUAACAACUAGCUCAGACUGGGAAUAAACUGUUGCUUUUUGAUAAUGAUUUUGGUCAUUGCAGGAAAAUCUACAAGUGGAUGUGUUCAAUUUUUCGAUUUUGGAUCAUAAUCUGGAAGUGCAUCUAGUAAUUAGCAAUAAAAUGAUUAGAUAUCAAAUAACAACGGUGAUGAGUAAACUAUACCUCAUGAUAAUUUUUAAGACGAAAGUUCUUAGCUAGAUGAAGAUUCAAUAUCCGGAAAUUCAGCUAGUCACAGAUAAAGCUAAGUUCAUCAGAGAUAACCAGCGCAAUAAGUUAACUAAAGAAAUGGUUCUGUAGCGGUGGCUGGUGAGAGACAUUAGACUCAUACUUUUAGGUCUGAUGAAAAAAGUGAGUUUCAUUGA